AUGCUCAUUAGCCUUGGUCACCUUGCUGUUCAGCUUGGCGGAUUUGUUGGUCAAAGUGAGAGUGUUAGAAAAGCCGUUGUGAAGGCUAUUAUCGCUGUAAUUAACAGUACUGAAGAGCUUAAAAAUGUUUACUCUUCUCAUGUUACUAACCUUUCUGUGUCUGUCAACUCUGCUGGCCAGGCUGUUGACACCGGUGAAAUUGGUCAACUAAAGCAGAAAGUUGAAAAUGAAAUUAAGAAUUUUACAGAUCAAUAUAAUAGCCUUAAUGAACCUAAUAACCUUCCUAAUAACUCUCCUCCUUCCCCCUCGCCCUCUGCUGAGUCAGACAAAUUGCAGUCCAAGUUGGAGGCUUUGAAGAAAGUGAAGGAGCUUUGUGGAUUUUUGACUAAUUCUAAAAAUGCGUCAAAUGACCCUAAAAACCUCUUAGAUAAUUUAUGUGACGGCCUUCAGACUUUCCUCGGCUUCAACUCUGCUACGAAAGGCUACACUGGCGAGGGGAUUGUGUACUCUGACUUGGACAGGCUGUGUGACGGGGUGAUGGGAUUUUUGAGUGGUGUUCUUGAGGCGGUGAAAGAUGAAAAUGAAGUGACAACUUAUGAUAAAUACAUACAGCCAGAGAGUAAAAGGCUUCAAAAUGUACUAGACACCUUAAAUAAAAAUAUUGGCUCCGGGCGUACUGGGCUUGUGGAUUCUGUCGGCGCGGUGAAGAGGUGGCUGGAGGGGUAUGAGAGUAAAUUAGGUGAGAAAACAGAAAAUAUCAAAAAUGAAUUAACAACCUUAAUUAAUGACCUAGAAAGAAAGCAUAAAAUGUCAAUUAAUCCUAACGAUAAACUUGAAAUUCAGUUGCAUACAUGGAAAACUGUUCUUCACAAAAUUGAUGAACAUGUUACAAACGCAGAAACCACGCAUAUCAGCUGGUUAGAUAGAAACUUAGAAAACGAAAUGAUGAGUGAGAUCAAGCCAAUCAAAAUGGCUGUAAGAAUGUUGCAUGAAUCAUCUACAAAUGAGAUGCUGACGAGGCAGGUGAAAAAUGUGGACAAGGCGUUGGAGGAGGAGGAAAAAACGAUAACGCAGCUGAUUAAUAUUGAAACUGGAAAAGUGAGGGACGAAUUACAAACGCAAUUCGAAAACAUUCGUGGGAGUGUUGCGUCCUUGGAAAAUAGAAAAAUGGUGCACUUCGAAUUUGUAAAAAGUCGUACAUUAAAAGCGAUGGAAGAAGUGGAGGCGUUAGCGAAGCGGGUGGAUGACUAUUACAAAAACUUUAUUAAAGCGAAAUUCACUUAUAUAGACAACGAAAUGGAGACUCUGAAGACCACAUCGCCUGGGCAAUUUCUAAGAAAGGAAUCUGAUUUACGCACGCAAAUGAAGACCUUCCAACUUGCUGCCGAGGGGAUGAGAGAGGAAUUGGAGAAGGAGUUGAGGAGGAUUAAGAGGGUGGUUGUAGACGGGAUGCGCGGAUCCGGGCAUGAUGGACUUGUGCAGCAAGUCAGGAAUGUUGUGAGUAAUUUGCGGACAGAUAUAGAAACCGAUUUGAGACAAUUGCGUGUUAAUAUUGAUGGUGCGGUGAAGACAUAUGUUAGGAAGCAUGUUGAUGAAAUCCGUAAAAAGGUUGAAGAAAUUAAAGGAAAGAUUGGUGACACAAAGACAAGAAAUAGCGUAAAUUAUGAAAGUGCGUAUUAUAAUUGGGUUCUGCUUAAAUCAGACAUCACAGAAUUUGUGGAAGGGAUCAAAGGCAUUGGAAACGAUUAUAAAGGACUUAAGGGGAUUCAGCAUAAGUUGAAAGCGUACGCGUCGGCGUUUGAGACAAGAUUUGACGAAAUAGUGGAGGGAUGGAUUGCCAGGAUUUUAGGGUAUGAGAUCGUGAAGAAAAAAGUUGAGAAAUGGGUAGAGGAGAACAAAGAUAGUGAUAAGGGGAAUGGUCUCACGGCGCAAUACAUGAAUAAUAUGGUAGUGAAAUAUGCCGAUCUUAACAAGAAAAUUGCAAAUGCUUUUAAAGGUGAGCUCAUUAGCGAACUCAGCGUUGCAAAACAACUUUUUAAAGUUAACGACGAGAGAGGAAGCAUUGAACAAAGCAUUGACGCUGUACGACAAGGUUGCGAGAAAUUUGCUGACGCUCUCAAUACGAAAAUCAGGGAAGACAAACUAACAAGCGCUGGUAAAUUGUCGUUCGUCGAGGGUAUAGUACGUCAAAUUAAUACUAACCUAAAGAACGGUGUUUUCACCAGUACCCCGACUGACAAUAGAUAUAAUCUCAACCUUGCAGUGCAAUACGCUUUGGCGGCUCUAACCUCUACCGCCAGGCAAACUGCCAAUGCGCUUGAAUCGCUUACGUCUACCAAAGACAAGACCAUACGUACGAUUACGAAGUUUAAUCUCAACUUCACUUUGGAGGAAGCUAUUAAAGAUGCACAGAAAAUUAAGGAUGUACUUGGAAAUGAUAGGGGAGACGGCGUUCAGAUAGGCGAUAAGCUUACCAAAGCAUUAGAGGAAUCAAAAAUGGAAAUUGACAAGCUCCAUAACAAUCUGAGCACUGCGCUUACAUCCUUCUCCGCCAUUUCGUCCGCCAAACUUGUUGCUCUUGACGACAGCGUUGAGAGGAGGGUGGAAAGCAUACUGACCGAAUACAUUGGCUCUGAUGAUGAUAUCAAAUUUGAUACUAUCAUGACAAAUUACAAACAUAACACGACGGAGAACAGCAGCCUUCAGAGAGACAUCACUGCCAUACAGACUGAAAUAGGUAAAACGUUUAUUUCAGGCACUGAUAUGCUUGACACUCAAAAACUUGGGGACUACGGUACAGACCAAACAUUGCGUGAUGAAUCCAUUGCUCAUCUGCAGCAGACAAUUUCCCACUUAGAAAAUCUCCCCCAACAUGUUGCCGAAGCAAAGGUGGAAGCAGUUGAAAAAAUGGAAGAGUUGAGGAAAGAAAUUCGAAUCAUUAAGAACAUGAUACGAAAUUCUGUUGAGGAAGCCAUCAAUACUGCCUCCACGCAGUUGGAUGAUGCAAUGCAGGCACUCCGUGUUACCGUCAAAGAUGCCCAUGAAGGCUGUCAAACUGCACUUCAAUCUCUCCAAACCAAAAUGUUGGAACACGCAAGAGCAUCCUUCCUAACAGUUACCAACCAAGUGCAGACUCUAUUCGCGGAUACCCAUUUCGCAGAUUUGUUAGCUCUCAAAACUCUCGUUGUAGAGCAAAUUGCAGCAAUCGAAAACAUCAUAAAGCGCGGCCUAAAAACCGGUUUAAAAGGUUUCUUAAAAGUCAUGUACGGCAAGGAUGAAACGGGUGGUCAACUCGGUGCCCUAGUUAAAGAGCUGAACGCUAAUCAAAAUGUUGAGUUAUCAUCACUAAAAUUAAGGGAUUAUCUGGACUAUAUAUUACAAUUCAUAUAUUUCCAAAUUUUAAAUCAGAGAGAUCCCCCCAAGCCCACCGUCGGUGGAGACCAUGCUGAAGACGUUAAGAAAGUCCAAGAAAAUUUAGAUGAAAUACUUGUGCAUCUUGCCAGAGAUAAGAAGCUUAAAAUAUAUAAUUACGAUAAUAAAUUCGUCUCUUUACUCUCCCACCUCUCCACCUCCCUCCACUCCCUAUCCCCCUCCGCCUUCGCCAACCCCCGGCACCCGGAGCUGCUCGAUGCGGUCAAAAAGGGGCUGCAGGGGUUUGUCGAGCAGAUGGAGCGGGUGUAUGUGAACGGGUAUGAUGAUGGAAAACCUAUUAAUUGGGAUACAUUUAAGCUUGUUAGACCAAAAAUUGACGCCAAAAAAUCUGAUGGAGAUUCUGGCUCAAACGAGGAGUUGACGGAUGACGGUAGGAGGUUGUCCAAGAUCUUCCUCACGCUUUUUAAUAUCAUUCACGAAGACAUUUCGAUGUUAAAAUAUGAAUGUGAAGAUGAGUGGAGCAACAAAAAACUUUGUGAAACUGAGGGAGGCGAGGAUAACCCGCUUGGUUCAUACCUUCGGCGUUGCGGUUAUGCAGUAGCGAAAACGGAGAACUCUAAGGACGGUGAAUCGCAAUGUAUAACUAGCAUGACCGGCAAAAAGGUUCUUGGCAAGCUCAACGAAGAAAUAAAGACUCUCAACGUUGUUGAUCAUUUUAAGACGUGCGAGUCGAAUGAAGCAGAUAAGACAACGAAGCAGAAAAAAGCUGAUAAAUUUGACAUUUUCGAUAUGCUUAAAUGCUUCCUCAAUCACAUUGACAAGUACUAUGACGUCUGUCAUAUGGCCACAUUAAAUUCAACCAGAAAGCCGUGUAGCGUGUUCGAAAUGUUAGUUUGGCUUUCGGGUCUAACACACAAUCCAGCUAAACAAGACUUGUUUAUCAACGGACUUCGUCCGCCAUUCGAAAAUGAAGUUGAUGAGGCAGCAGUGAGUGAGGAAAGCUUCUUGUCAUUAGAAGCUGACAAACCGUUGUCCUUAGAGGCGUACCCAAGGUACAUACCAUAUGAUAAAAUAUGUGACGCCGUAACAUACGCUUGUGCAAACGCCUAUGAUGUACUGACCACGGUUGCAGGUACAGGCGACGCCGAUACAAUCUACGGCAGUGAUUUCUGCAAUAACUCCAUGAAAUUCCACUACCCGGCGUCAGGUGAAGAUUGCCUCGACAUGCUCCUGGACAUCUUGCGUAGAGUUCUACCGACGUUGAUGUUUUUGAAGAACCAAUGCAAACUCAAAGCUGAACAUCACGGUUGGUACGACUGCGAGUACGGUAUGUACACCGCUCCAGCCAAAUGGCCGUGCAAGGAGCACUCAAGUGACAAAGCAACGAGCCAACCAAUUAAGCAACCAAAGUGCCAACCAACGUGCGAGGCAAACAGCAAAGUAAACUGCCAACCAACUUCCCCUUUAAUGUCCUAUUUGAAUGAUUGUCUUCCUGGUCAUUUACCGCACCAACUCAGCAAAAUCGGUUGCAAAUAUGAGUGCGCUACCUGUCCAUCCACCUCUAGAAAAGGAAUGCCAUGUCUAACUCCACUUGGCUUUAGAUGUUUUUCGGGUAGUACAAAAACGGGCAAACAGCUGUGUGAAGUGCUAAGCAAAUUCGUCGGUAUAAGGUACCUCACAGGGCUAUUCUGCCUCGUUCCCACACCUCCGUCCACGCUGGCUGAGCACUUUGGAUUCUCGUUGUCGCUCGUAAACGGUCUUAAUGCGAAAACGGAACUGAAGAAUGAUAACAUAGAAGCACUUAAGAAUGCAUUCGGUGCAUCUAUCACGAAGCAGUCCGUUAAGCUUUACACCGACCAGUCGACACUAACUGCAACACUCACCAACGCAUAUGGUUCGCCGUCUCCUAAGCAUGGUAAAUGUACAGCUGCCCAUCUUAGGAAUCUUGUCACGUCUGAUAGCUGCAAAGACAAGGACAACCUGGAACUUGAGUGCGGCUCCUAUAUUUCCACACUAUGCCGCCAUUCUCAUCGUUACCUUGCUGAGAAGCAUGCUAGCCUCUACCUGUCAUGGGCUGUCUACCUCCCAUGGAGCUUUUGGGCGAAUCUUAAAAAUUUGUAUGACGCGUUUUGCAACAUUUACUGUCAAGACUGGGGCUGCCGUGGCUGUUUAAGAGGCGACAAGUGCAAACGCGGAGAUCAUGGAUCAAUAAGUGACGCCUCCAAAAAACCUAAUUGUCAAUGCCACUCUAUUGUUGAUUGCAAAGGCGUCGCUCCGACGUUGUACAGUUAUGGGUUCUCCUUCGGUGAUCCAUCCAAAUUACAAAACAAAAAUUAUCCAAACACAUGUGCCGACUUCUGCAAGCAGUUGAAGAAUGUACUAAUGUCCGACUACUUCACGAAAUUAUUUAAGGAAUGUGACAAAUUCCUCUUCAUCAUCCGAGCACCCUUCAUCUGGCUCAACGUCGCCCUCUGGUCACUAUCCCUCUUCUACCUCCUCCACGUCAUGGUCAUCCGCCUAGACCUCCUCCACUUCAAAUCGCAUUUGCAUAGUCCCUCGAGUCAUAGGAUAGCUGCUCAAUCACUGCUUGCCGCUGCACGUGUUAACAAACUGGGGAGGGUGUUUUAUCUGCAACCAUAA